AUGGCUAAGAGAAUAGAUAGCCUCCAACUAGCUUCAGUGAGCACAACAAAUCAACCUUCAACUGAAUGGGGCCAAAGAGAAACAGGCAAUGUUGAGCAGCAACUAGAACAAGUUCAAUACAUGCAUAAUACCUCAAAUUCUUCUCAAAAUGACUUCCAUGGUGACACAUACAACUCAUCCUGGAAGAAUCACCCUAACCUGAGAUGGGGUGAUAAUCAAAAUCAUUGGCAGAAGAACAACAACUCCAACCAUUCCCGCAACACACACAGCCAAAAUCUCUCAUCUAACAACACUAACCAAUACAAGAAACCACAAAACACAUAUCAACCACCCCACAACAAUUCACAAACUCAUCAAAAUAACUUUCCCGCACCAACAUCCAACCCACAAAACUACCACACCAGCCCUUCAAACAAUUUCCAGCAACAACAAUCAGCCCCCAUCAUACCACCAAUUGACCAUCAUGAAAAUAGAAUUUCAAGUCUUGAGGCAGCUCUACAAACAAUUGCUCAGUCUACUCAAACCUUGAUCAAAGGGCAAGAGAGGUAUGAAGCUACCAUGAAGAACCUUGAAAGGCAAGUGGGACAAUUAGCCAAACAAACUGAACGGCCAACUAAUGUGCUUCCAAGUGAUAUAAUCCCCAAUCCAAGGGAAGAAUGCAAAGCGGUGCAGUUGAGAAGUGGCAAGAUAGUUGGAAAAGAAGUCAACAAAGAAGCAACAAAGCAUGAAGUGGAAGAUACAAUAGACAAGAAGGAGGAUGAAAAGGCAUCAACAUCCAAAAAGAGCAACAAAGCUGAAGAGCCACUAAGCAAGUUACCAACUCAAAACAACAAUACCAAUAGCAAGGAAAUUGUGAAGCCACAGCAAGAGGAAAGAAAUGAAGGGGUAAAAUCCUAUACACCCAAGCUCCCUUACCCAACAAGGAUACACAAAGGAAUAAGAGACCAGCAAUUCCCUAAAUUUUUAGAGAUCUUCAAGAAGCUUGAAAUUAACAUUCCAUUGGCCGAAGCUUUGGAGCAAAUGCCAUUGUAUGCAAAGUUUCUUAAAGAAUUGAUCACCAAGAAGAGAAGCUGGCAAGAGAAAGAAAUCGUAUUCCUCACUCAAAAGUGUAGUGCCAUUAUUCAAAAGGGACUGCCACCAAAACUCAAAGACCCAGGCAGCUUCCUCAUACCAUGCACAAUUGGGAAUAUGGCCAUUGAUAAAUCACUUUGUGACUUGGGAGCAAGCAUUAACUUAAUGCCUCUUGCCAUGAUGAAAAAGCUGAUGAUAGAAGAGGUUAAACCUACAAGGAUAUCAUUGCAACUUGCUGACAGAUCCCUCAAAAUACCAAAUGGAGUAGUGGAGAAUCUCUUGAUAAAAGUGGAAAAUUUUAUAUUCCCAGCUGACUUUGUGGUGUUGGACAUGGAUAAAGAGGGAAGUAAUUCGGUCAUUCUUGGUAGACCCUUUCUGGCCACUGCUAGAACAAUCAUUGAUGUGGAGAAGGGGGAGAUGAUUUUCAGAGUACAUGAUGAGUAA